AACAAUGCAAGAAAUUUCCUCUUGUUUUGGGUCUCGCAUUCCAGUGCAGUUUUAGGCUUACUAAAAAUAUUUUACUCGUGUGAAAGCAUCAAAGAUUUACUCCUAAAGUACAAGGACAAACCUGUACGCCUGGUGGUUUAUUCGUCAAAGACACAAACCUGCAGGGAAGUGGACUUGACACCGAGUGCUGAUUGGGGUGGCCAAGGCCUGCUGGGCUUAAGCAUACGCUAUUGCUCCUUCAAGGGAGCUAGUGAAAAUGUUUGGCACAUCCUUAACAUCGAGCCCAACUCACCUGCUGCACUCGCGGGUCUCAAGCCCUACACUGAUUACGUUAUCGGCACGGAUGCCCUGCUGAGUGAUGAUUUCUUCUCUGUGGUGGAGGCUCACAACGGACAACCCUUACGCCUUUAUGUUUACAACACGGACAGUGAUUCUUGUCGUGACGUCACUAUCAUACCGAACCUCUCCUGGGGUGGAGAGGGAAUGUUGGGCUGUGAAAUUGGUUUCGGCCUACUUCACCGCAUACCAUCUCUACCUGAAGAAGAGACAAAAGAAACUAAUGGUGUGCCGGAUGCCACCGCCGCGACAGCUCCAGUCUCAAAGGAUGCUGUCAGCGUCAGCAAUGUGCCUCCGUCCCAGCCACCACCUCCGUUCCAUGACCAUGGUCACGAGUGUUCGGUAAGCUCUUCGCUCAACUCCUUUUCCUUUCUGCCUUCUUCACGGCCAUGUUUUGUGUUAGGGUAUUGCCGUGAUAUAGGCGUAGGUAACACUAUUCGUGGUUCACUGCUUCAGAUUUUCACUUGCUUUAUCCACAUGUGCGUAUGUGUCCUUAAAUUGUUGCUUUCGAGAGGUUGUAAUCGCAGGUUAUAUUACUAUCAGAGAAGUGUUUUGAAAUCGUCCUCUCUUCCAUUUCCGUUCUGUGUUUCGGAGGUUUGA